UUCCAAUACUUGACAUUCCUCUUCAGAUGCAUUUGAAAUGUUCAGUCCAAGAGGCAGCUAAUUAGAGCUUUUCUAGUAAUGAAGACAACAAUCCAGUUGGCCACAAUGUAGUCAGUAUUUGUUACCCAAUUUUGAUCAACUAUCCAAAUCCUAACUUUGCCCAGAGACAAAACUUUUGUUUUCCUACUGCUCCAAUCAGAAUCUGUGAAUAGUAUUUAGGAAUGAAAAAGGAGCUCUCUGAUGCUUCAUACACUUGAUCUUAUCCAAAAGGGCUGGGGUAAUAGAGAAACUGGUACUUGAGAACUGUUAAUCCCAUCUGGCAUGAAAUAAAGAAGAGGCUAUAUCCUGCUGCAGUCACACUAUCCUGUCUGGAUAGCAAUAGCAACAAGAAUUCUGAGCUGCUGAUAAGUUUUGAGAAUUUAUGAAUUAAUAGACAAGGAUGAAGUUAAAACAGAAGAGAUGUGCUGGCUGCUAUUAUAUGUUUAUUUUGUUGUCUUAUAAGCUUAUAAGAAAAGACAGAAAGAUUGAGCUUAAUCUGAAUGUUGCUUUCUCUAAAUAAAGGAAAUAAAUUUAGGAACAUAUAAACAAGUAUAGAGUGGUAUUAUUUGUUAAGAAAUGUUAAGAGUCUGAGGCUUGCAAGAGACCCAAGAACAAGAUUUGGAUAAAAUUGUGUAGACAAGGAAUGCUAUUUUUCACAGUACAAGUACCGGAAAAAUAUUAUGUGAAUUGGGGGUAUUUAGAAUGGAAUUUUCUUGUUCCGCCAGGCAUGGCAGCAUUUGCUGAACUACUUUAACAGCUUGAUAGUGAUUUGAAUCUGAAUAUUCUAAGGGCCAUAAUUACAUUUGGACUGUUGGAUAAAAAAAAAAGGGAAAAUAAAAGACUGACAGACAUGUGGAUUCAGCCUUCUCUCUCCAAGCAACAGAGAUAGGAAUGUAGGUCUGAUCCAGAAUAACAGAGUCAGAAGGGACCUUGGAGGUCUUCUAGUCCAACCCUACACAAGUAGGAGACGCACUACCAUUUCAGGCAAAGUGGGUUUCCUUCCUGUGAGAAGGCUUCUGGGGCUAUUUUGAAUGUGCAUACUGAUCAAGUGGAAAGAAUGGCCCAGGUUCUGCAUAUGGAAACUGCAUUCCCAGGAAAGGUCAAUCCCACCUCUACUACAAUCUUCCAUGGGAAGGAGCAAGACUUAACUUACUCAGUGGAGACUCCUUAUGGCUAUCGCCUUGAUCUGGACUUUCUCAAGUAUGUGGAUGACAUUGAGAAAGGCCACACUAUUAAGCGCAUUCCAGUUCAUCGCCGACCGCGCUACAGCUCAUUGCCUCGGGGCUAUGGCUACACUGGUUCAUGGUGGACAUCCACCGAGUCCCUCUGUUCCAAUGCCAGUAUGGACAGUCGCCAUUCCUCCUAUUCUUAUUGUGGCCGUAGCUUCUACCCACAGUACACUAAUGCAAUUCACAGCAGUUUCAAUGCCCGUGUGGAGAAAACUUUGCUGGAUGCUAGAAAGAAGUUAGAAGAUCAGGCAGAUCUAGAUGGGAAAACCCCCACAGCAAGUAGUCUAGGAAGUCUCCAUAGCAGUGUAUCUGGAUCAACAAGUUCUUUGGUUGGAAGCCAGUGUAUCUCACAUCAAACUUCUUACAAUGGCUCACGGCAAGGUGUUCCUGGACAAUUCACACCAAUUGGUUCUGGGUUGUCCACUCCAGUCUCACCAACUCCAGGACAUCUUCAAUAUGUUCGUGAGCAGAUGUCUGUGGCCUUGAAGAAGUUGCGCCAAUUGGAAGAACAGGUCAAGAUGAUCCCUGUCCUUCAGGUGAAGAUCUCAGUGCUACAGGAAGAGAAACGGCAGCUAAGUGUUCAGCUUAAAAGCCAGAAGUUCUUGGGGCACUCAGGAGGAUUUAGCAAGGGCAAAUCACGAGGGGAGCUCUACAUAGACAUCCCUGAAGAGGGGGCAGGUGGAAAUAUAGAGGACAGCAGUACCAGAUCUGACAUAAAGGAUAAAUUGGGUAAGAAAGAAGUGAGGUCAGUGGGCGUGGGAAGGACAGUUGAAGAUGGAGAAGAGAAUGUGGAUGUGGGAAGAUGUGACGUAGGGGUAGCAGUCAAGGAGGAGGAGUUGGGCUUACAUUGCCCAGAAGUGGAGGAGCAAUGCCAAGUUAUUCAGUCCCUAUCCACCAAGAUUGCUGUGUUAGAAACACAACUGAAGAGAGCACUCCAAGAUCUCCAAGCUGCCCAUCAGAAACUGGAGCAGCAGGGCAGGGAGAAGAAAGACAAAGAAACUUCAACAAGAGAUGAGGGCCUGACAGAAUGGGAAGCAAUGGGAGAAAGUGCACAGCAGUGGAAUGCCCCCAUUCAGGUUGAUGCAAUCAAAGUUGUCCAAAUGGAAAGGGAGCCAGACAUCGCAGCCAGCAGAGCUACUGGGCCUCAGAGGGCACAGCUCCUGGACAGCAAGGAGCCCUAUGCCAGCUUCAGGCCUUCAGCAGACAAAGAUUCAGUCUCUGAGAAAGUUCAGUUACCACUUUGUGCCACAUACCACAGCAGUGAGAUGAUAGAAACCACUUUCCCAAUUCAUGCUGGAGCAGCAAACACAGCCACCACCUUUCACUCUGUGAAAAAGAUCAGCAUUGUCAACACAGAGGAGGAUGGGGAUGGAAAUAAAGAAACAAGAGAACCUGAAGAAUCCCUGCAGAAAACUGAAUAUUCACUUCUUGACUCCCUCCAAGGAGAACAGGUAGUUCCUUGCCUCUCUGAAGACCCUAAAUUGGAUGUGCAGAAGGGAGAAGAGGAUCAAGUUUCAUCCACUGCAGGGAUCCCAUCAAUUAUGAAGAAGAAGGAAGAACCUACAGAAAUACUAACUAGGAAGAAAAGCCUCCACUUUGUGGGUGUCAAUGGAGGGUAUGAGUCUACCUCCUCUGAGGACUCCAGCACAGCUGAGAACAUUUCAGACAAUGAAAGCACUGAGAGUGAAUACCAUGAGGCGAAUGAGGGCCUCCCUUCUGGGCAGGGAAUUGUAGCUGAAGCUGUGAAGCUUUCUGGAAUUACCACAGAUACAUUACAUCCUGGCGUCCCUGUCGAGGUGGGGAAAAUAACUGCAGCAGACAGUCCCAGCAAGGAACCAACAGGCAAAACUGGGUUAGGUCUCAGCAAGGAAUUGCUUUCAGCCUGUGCAGUUCUUCAGAAAUACUUAGAGAGUCCCAAUCCACAAAUGGAUGGAGAGACGAAAAUAGCCUAUACCUCAAUGCUCCACUAUUGGCUCAAGCUAUCCUGCCACAAAGAAGCCGACCUAGAGUUGAUCUCACUGCACUUGAUGGAUUUCCGGGCUGUUUCCCCGCAAUUGCUAGAAUUCAUCAUCAAUAUGGCGGAUGCUAAUGGCAACACGGCUUUGCAUUAUACAGUCUCUCAUUCCAACUUCCCCCUUGUUGCAAAGCUGCUUGAAACUGAUUUAUGUCAUGUGGACCAACAGAACAAAGCUGGCUAUACAGCCAUCAUGCUCACAGCGCUGGCUGCCUCCCAGACAGAGAGUGACAUGGAGACUAUUGUGCAGCUACUGAAAAAGGGCAAUGUGAAUGCCAAAGCCAGUCAGGCUGGGCAGACUGCAUUGAUGUUAGCUGUCAGCCAUGGACGUCUCGAGAUGGUCCGUGCCUUGUUAGCAAGUGCUGCAGAUGUCAACUUGCAAGAUGAUGAUGGCUCUACUGCACUGAUGUGUGCCUGUGAACACGGCCAUGCUGAGAUUGUCCGCCUGCUGUUGGCUACCCCUGGGUGUGAUGUUGCCCAAUCAGACAAUGAUGGCAGCACAGCUCUCUCCAUCGCACUAGAAGCAGGCCAGAAUGACAUUGCCGUCAUGCUGUAUGCUUACCUGAACUUUGCCAAAGCCACGUCACUGGAUACCUUGAAGCAGCUGGAGCCUGAAAAUGCAGAUACGAUAUUCAGUGAUACUCUGUAACCCAAAGUAAGAUGAUAGAUUUAUUUUUAUCCAAAGGUUUUCUAACUUCUGCUUGAAAAUUUGGCACAGUCUGGAUGAAGGAAAUAUAUAUCUACAAAACCAUACAUAUUGCCGAUUUAUAUAAUUCCCUAGAAUUGCUUCCUGUCCUUAGCUUCUUUCACUGCCUUCAUCAGCUGAAAUCUCGCCAUCCACUCUGCUCAGAGGGAAGUGGAGCAGACCUUCCAGGAGAAGGAGCUUUAUGAGCUUCAUUUCAACAAUGUAGCCAUGUAUCCAGCUAUGCUUGAUCAGAUGCAGUUAUGUCAGAUAAUGAGCCAAGGGGUCUCUUAAUGUUGCUAUGGCCAUUCUGCUUUAUCAAAAGUAAUGUGUCUUUCCUUUUUAUCCCAAUUAUUCAAGAAGCAGGAGACACUGUAGGGCAGGGGUGUCAAACUGCCGGCCCGUAGGCCGGAUGCAUCAUAGCGAAACCGUGCCAACGCCAUUGCUGACAAUGGAAAAAAGUCGCAAUACAUCGUGACACAUCAUGUGAUGUUGCGAGUUUGACACCCCUGCUGUAGGGCAUAAAAGGAGGCCAAAAGGAACAAUUGCAGUUCCCUUCCCCAAACCUUCAAAAGUAGUUUGACUAAGAUCCACAGGCAUUGGCCUAGCUGCCAAAUUCAAACUGCUCCAUACUUCCUUCUAUUGACCAAUAAGAAGGUGCAAAAACUAUUCAAUCAGUGCCCACAUCUCCAUGUUUUUACUUCUCCUUCUGUGAAUUCCUCUGGUGGUUUCUCAAAAAACUGACAGUUUGCUGUGUGGGGAACUGCAAAGCCUCCAAAGACCUGUGAAGUAAUAGUUUCUGAGCACAAUGUGAUAGCAGGUAAAUAGUGAGAGAUCUGGCUUGAUCCAAGAAAAAAAAUCAGAGUGUUUUGAUGCUUCAAAAGGGAAAAAUCAGCAUUAGAGCAACUGAGAUUGACUAAAGCUGAGUGGAAAAUAAAUCAGCCCAGCUGCUCAAAUUGAGGCACCAAUGGAGCUGAUUCUUGAGCAAAAAAAAUUACCAAGAACUUGAUUAGUUUGGUGUUUCCAUUCCGUUGUUGUAGAGGGACCCAGCAGACUUUAGAUCUAUAUCUCUAUAUGAACUUCCUUUGCAGCAGCCAAAAAAGUCAAUGCAACCUUAGGCUACAUUAACAGAGGGAUAGAAUCAAGAUCACAUGAAGUUCUAGUACUGAAUUUAGUAAGGUCACACUUGGAAUACUGCAUCCAGUUCUGGU